AUGAUUAGGAAUAUUUGCUGGAUGAGGCCAAGGCCACGUAGGACCCUCAUUGCUAUUCUAGUCGCAGGGGUGGUGAUCCUUUUGAUACUACACUUUAUGAAAGCUUUGAGAAUACACAGAGCGUACAAUAAGGCCAAAGCACAAGAGGGAAUCCAUAUAGCAGAGAAUCCAACAAUACUUUUAGCAAAAGCCACCGAAAGCUAUGGCAGAAAGACGGAUAAACUGGAAAUAGCGCUGGUUUGUUCAGCAAGUAAUCUGCAUAAAGGAAAAACUGUUGAAACGAUACCGUUUUUUCAAAAUUUCUUAACUUCGUUUUGUGAAACGGCAUCAUUGGGUAUCACCUAUACGAUAUAUAUCGCAGAACAAAAUGGAACAGUGCAUGAAAUCAUCAAGGAUAUAUUUCACUCUAAUUUUAAAGAUUGUUCUAAAACGUUUGACGUAGGUAUUCGAAUCGUCCCAAAUAUUGAUAACCAAAGACACGGAGGUCGGGGCCUUAAUGAUAUCAUGUACAUAGCUUAUUUAUCAGGGGCAUCGUACAUUUACAAAAUAACUGAUAAUCAGACGUUUUUGUCAACAUCACAGAACUGGACAGAAGUGUAUAUAAAAGAAUUACGCAAUCGCAAGGACAAAGAAGUUGGAAUUAUUUUUGAUUGUAAACAGGAGUUCCGGAAAUGUCAAGAAAUGUCCUAUUUUAUUCACAAAACUCACAUGGACAUAUUUGGAUCUGUGUUUCCACCAGAUAUAAUGGAUUCAGAUGUCGAUCAUUGGAUCUAUGAUCUUUACUAUCCGAAUUACACGUCAAACAUUCCUAUAACAUCAAGUGCUUUAAGUGCUGAACAUGAUCUGAAACUCAUCAAUAAAUCAGUCAUAAUCAAAUCGUUGGUAAUCAAAAACAAACCGGUGUUAGAACACUAUACACAUAGCUUGAAAUCUAAACAAAGUAAAAGGAAAAAUUGGAUCAUUUCAAUGAGUUUAUGGGGAAACUCCAAGAGAUAUACCUAUGGCGCAAUAAGAAACGCUCAACUUGCAAAGAUCAACUUCCCAGAAUGGACUCUCAGGAUCUAUAUUGAAAAAGCUGAUAUUCAGCAUAAGUACACUAAAGUUCCUGAUUAUAUUCUAGACAAGUUGGUUGACUUGGGCGUGGAUUUAUUUGAGGUGAAUACACAGAAUGUGACCUUAGCACCAAUGAUAUGGCGUUUCAUGGUCGCAGAUGAUUUGACAAUCGAACGGUUUAUAGUGAGAGAUGCGGAUAGUCGACUUACGGAGCGUGAUGCAGCAACAGUACAGGCGUGGUUACGUACAGACAAACCCUUCCACUGUAUUCGCGAUCAUCCUAGUCACGGUUAUUUCCCCCUCAGCGGGGGGACAUUUGGAGGUAAGCCUAAAGAUAUUUUGAAAAUAUUUGAUAAACCAUGGAGCAAGUUGUCAUCAAAAUAUGGUUCGAGGUACCUUGAGGAUAUGAACUUUUUGAAUAAUGUGGUUUGGCCAAAGGCAAAAGAUUACUUCUACUGCCAUGAUAGUGUAUCAUGUAAGAAGUAUACUAGCUCACAUCCGUUUCCAGUGGCCCGAAACGGUAAAGAGCACGUUGGCGGGGUUUAUGACCAAUAUGACAUUCCAAGACAAAUAGACCUUGAUAUAAUACAUCUCGAUAAACUACCACCAGAAUGUACAAACUUAUCCUCUGCCAAAGCUCCAGAAACGACGGUUGUUCCAACUUCAACAAAAACUAGACCAAUUAUAAUUUGGAGCAACGAUUUCCAUAUAAGUCCCAUAAAGGACCUCAAAUCUUUCUUGGGAGCAAUGGGUGUUACGUUCAUUGAUAAAAGCCUGUCUGGGCAUUGUCAUCUCACAAAAACCUGUGCAACAGAUUUGAAAGUUUUGAAUAAGGGGAAUGGCAUUAACUUGGACAGACCCGCCAUCUAUACAGAGUUUUAUGAAGCAUACAAGGAUGACCCUGAAAUGGAAAAGGUGGACGCAUUUGUAUGUUUCCAUCCAUCAGCCAUGUGCGAAAUUUUCAUGCCAUUCAACAAAUCUAUUAUUGUUAUACCAUCCACACGUUUCGAGAUGGGCAGACACGCUAAGGACCGUUGGAAUGCAUGGAAUUUGAAUUUAAAACGUAUUUCAGAGCAGCUACAAAAUACAGUAGGAGCCAAUAACCAGUAUGAUCUGGAGUAUGUGCGUUAUUUCACAGGAAUUACCCCAACACUUUUACCAAGUUAUUGUGGGUAUGUUGACUCUGAAUACAACCCCACUCGGCCAGGUUAUCUUCUUAGUCCUGUUCACAAAGCUGGAUUCGAAAAGAUCUUCCUAGAUGAAUUCAACAAGGCAAAAGAAGAAUCCAAUGUAAGUCUGACUCCACUUCGUACGCUCUAUGGUCACUAUGAAUACAGUGAUCUAGCCAGCCAUCAAGGGAUUGUGUAUGUACCUUAUCAAGUAUCCGUGAUGAGCCUGUUUGAGCAAUAUAGAAUGAACGUUCCUUUAUUUUUCCCCUCUCUCGAUUUACUUUCUAGUUGGCAACUGACCUAUAAUGUCCUAAACGAGCGAACCUGGAGUUCAGUUUUCGGCACAAUCCCUGACAAAUCCAUAAUUCCUGGCGUACUAGACAAUGUUCCAGACCCAAAUAAUGACAAAGACCUCGAAGCCAUAAAAUAUUGGCUGAAGUACUCAGAUUUUUACCAGUGGCCACAUAUUGUUUACUUCGAUACGUACAAAGAUCUGAUCAUGAAACUAGAAACCACUGAUCUGAGGAAAGUGUCUGAUGGAAUGCGUGAAUAUAACAAGAAAGUAAAAACUGAUUUGUCGCAACGAUGGCAGGACAUUUUAGAUAAAGUAAGAACUUUCUCUCAGCAUUUCGAAUAACUGAUAAACCUAUGAGAACGAAGUUUCUCUAAGCAUUUCGAAUAACUGAGUCAUAAUUGUACUAUGAACACAAGGUUUCUCUCAGCAUUUCGAAUGCCUGAGUCAUAACUGUAACUGAUGUAUCUAUGAGUAGGAAGUUUCAGCAUUUCGAAUAACUGAGUCAUGACUGUUACUGAUGCAUCUAUGAGUACGAAGUUUCUCUCAGCAUUUCGAAUACCUGAGUCAUAACUGUAACUGAUGCAUCUAUGAGUAGUAAGUUUCUCUCACCAUUUCGAAUAACUGAGUCAUUACUGUAACUGAUGCAUCCAUGAGAACGAAGUUUCUCUCAUCAUUUCGAAUGACUGAGUCAUAACUGCAGUUGAUGCAUGUAUAAAUACAAAGUUUAUCUCAGCAUUUCGAAUAACUGAGUCAUAACUGUAACUGAUGCAUCUAUGAAUACG